CGAGUCGAAAACUCGCGAAGAGGUCAAAACAAAACCGGCAACUGAAAAACAGGCAACGCGUGUGGAGGCAGUGGUAAGGUAGCUAGCUGUUCCACAGAAAAUGUCUUCUCUUUAGACGUUUAAGUGUGGAUGCACGUGACGAUUUCCUGUGUAGCGUUUGGUUGUUUCAACACGUGUGUUACAAAAUGCUCAUUGCAUAACACACGUGCGAAGUCGUCUGCAGUACCUCUGAUGGCUGGUCGGCUUCUCAAAGUCUCCUCUCUGGCUACAGCAGUGUUUGCCUCCUCUGGGUUUUAUCUGUACAACAGGCACUUGGACCACAAUGACCUGAGUAUCAUCCGCUUUGGACGAGCUGCAGCCACUACGGCGGCCAUCAGCUACGACUAUCUGACUGCUUUCAAGCAUGUGGAAUAUGGCACCGAGGAAUACUGGGCACUCAAGUCCAAGGUCCAUCGGCGGUCUGCGGAGCGUCUUCUAGAGUUGUGCUGUGCCAACCGUGGCACUUUCAUCAAGGUGGGCCAGCACCUUGGUGCUCUGGACUAUUUGCUGCCUGAGGAGUAUACAUCCACACUAAAGGUGCUCCACAGCCGAGCUCCUCAGAGCAGCAUGGACGAGAUCCGGCAGGUCAUCAGAGAGGACCUCGGCAAGGAGCUGUCAGAGUUAUUUGUCUCCUUUGAGGAGAAGCCUCAGGGUACAGCUUCCUUAGCCCAGGUCCACAAGGCAGUGCUUCAUGAUGGAAGGACAGUGGCUGUCAAGGUCCAACACCCCAAAGUCCAGAAACAAAGCUCCAAGGACAUAGUAGUGAUGGAGGUAUUGCUGAGGGCAGUCCAUUGGCUCUUCCCAGACUUUGCCUUCAUGUGGUUGGUGGAAGAGGCCAAGAAGAACAUGCCGCUGGAGCUGGAUUUCCUCAACGAGGGACACAAUGCAGAGAAGGUGGCCAACAUGCUGGCCCACUACCCCUUCCUCAAGGUUCCAACGAUCUACUGGGAUCUAUCCACAAAGAGGAUCCUGACUAUGGAGUUUGCUGAGGGGGGGCAGGUCAACGACAGAGAAUACAUGAAGAAACAUGGCAUCAAUGUCAAUGAGAUCUCAGAGAAACUGGGUAAAAUGUACAGUGAAAUGAUCUUCGUCCACGGCUUUGUUCACUGUGACCCGCACCCAGGAAAUGUGUUGGUCCGAAAGUGCCCCCGGAACAAGAAGACCGAGAUUGUCCUGCUUGAUCACGGCCUUUAUCAGAUCCUGCAACCAGACUUCAGGUUGGACUACUGUCGGCUGUGGCAGGCUCUGAUUAACGGCGACAUGUCCAAGGUGGAGCGUUAUAGCCGCAGACUGGGAGCUGGAGAUCUGUACCCACUGUUUGCCUGCGUUCUCACUGCUCGCUCCUGGACUGCAGUCAAUGCUGGCAUCAGUUCUGUGCCUGUCACACACUCUGAGGAUGUUGAGAUACGGACCAAUGCAGCUCUGUACCUGCCCCAGAUAAGUGACCUCUUGAAUCGAGUGCCUCGUCAGAUGCUGCUGCUGCUGAAGACCAACGACCUGCUGAGGGGCAUUGAGACCACCUUGCAGACCAGAGCCUCAUCCUCGUCCUUCAUUAACAUGUCUCGUUGCUGUAUACGAGCCGUGGCCAGGUACAAGAGGAGUAAGGCGAAGUCCAGGAAGAAGCGUCUACAGAUAAAAUUGGCAGAAUCUCUCAGCCUGUGGAGACUCACUAUAUAUGAACUGUAUUUGUGGGUGAAGGGCUCCAUGUUUGUACAUUGGCUCACUGACCUGCUGGCAUUUGUUCACUGAGACACAUCUGGAUGUCACACUGGAACUUUAACAUCAGGCUGCAACUGUUAGCUCUCAGGUGGUUUAUAAUACACUGAGUAUUAACACAUUUUAAAUAUGGGCCCAUACACAAACACACCUACACACAUACAAGGACACAAGGACAGUUUGCUGGUGUCUUUGAACGCCAGGAACAACUUUGGCUGCUGAGAACUGUUUAGGUCUCAACCUUUACUGUCUUUCUAGUCAGCAGUGCUGAGAUUAAGUAUUUUUUCAUGACUGUGUUGUAAUUGUAUUUCAUUUGCUCACAUUGAAAACAAUCUUGUUUUAUGUUAUUUAAGAACACUGUCAGAUAUUUUUUCUCAUAACCUUGAGAUAUUGAACCGUUAUGUUAAAUAUAGUAUUUACAAUACAGGUGCCUUUGUGCCUGAGACCAAAACAAAAACCUGGUCUCACUGAUCAUACCUGUAAACAUGCGCUAUAGCUGUAGACACAGAAGUACUGGGAAUAUGGAUAAACUGUAGGUUGGCAAGAAAUAGUUUCAGUGCAUGACUCCCCCUAAAACCACUAUUAUUUUUUAAAAAAUAUUUCUGUAUUUCUGUUUUAAUGGGAUCAAAUUAAUGAGAUACAGAAUGACUCUUAUUGAGCUUUAGAGGUGAGAGGUAUAUUUUAAAGAGAGGACAGAGCCAGGGUGGUUUGUUCCUCCCAGUCAUUAGCAAGUAGAACUGUAAAGCAGCAAAUCAGGCAAAUGCCAGAUCAGUUAGUAACACAGCCAGACAGGUAAGCAAGUCAUACACAAAGUGAGUUAUCCAGUCGUCAACAAGGCUGACGAAAACCAGACGCUCUCCUGAUAUGAAGAUUUCUAUGCAAUAUGAAGGUACUUUUUGAGUUGUUGUCACUGCAGAGGCGAUCUGUAGUUCCAUCCUGAUAGCAUCCCUACCUGGACGAUGUUGGAUCACUGAUUCAUUCCUGCUCUUCAACAAAAUACCUCAGAACAAUGUUUGCAUUGAGUCACAGCGCUUAAAUGCUUAAAUAGUUCCAGUCUUUUCAUUGUCAUUAUCAAAUAAUGGAUUAUGUUUACUGUUUCAUUGCUACGUUGCCAUGUUUGGGUCGAAUACUGUACACUCAAUCCACAAGCACACCAGUUUGUACUACUGUCAUUAGUUUUAGGCGUUAUUUACUGAUGUAUUUUCAAUGUGAUCAGAAAAGAACGACUCUCUCUUCAGCUUUUACAUUCCUGCUGAUAUUCUUUCUUUUCCUGUUACUGAGAUAAAUGUUGUUGUAUGACUGUCCAGAAAAGCUUCUGCUCUGUGGCUCAUUUCAUUCAUUCAUAUUUAAAAUCUUUUUUCAGAAAGUGAUUCAAAGUUUGUAUUUUCCUCUUCCCAUCUUUGUCUCUGUCAUUGCUAUCAAGCCAUCAUUACAUUUACCGUGUGAGGUGUUCUUUCUUUCAUUUUUCAUAGACUGUUUCUUUGCUCCAUUGCAGACCUGACUAUGUAACAAUGUCACAACAAAAUUAUGACCCAUGGGUUUGCUGAUGUGAAUGUCAGUCAGAAGUCUUUAUGCAGUCAUGGUGGGCAGUUCUUGAAAACUUUCACAAACACUGAAGGCUUGACUUUACUAGUAGUCAACUGUAACCCAACAACAGAAUUAUAUGUACAAUUCACAAGGCGAAACACAGGAAUACAGCACAGCAAAGUGAUGAAUCUGUGUGCGGGCAUUAGAUCCAAGUGUGUUUGUUUGGAGAGUGAAAAGCUGCAUGGAAUCGUUGUGUCACAAAAACUCUUUCCAAAAACGGUUUUGUGUAUGAGUCACUGCAUGUUAAAGCUAUAGACGAUCUAUGGGCCAACCUGUCAUAUUACUUUGAGGUUUGCCACAUUGGAGAGCAUUGUUGGGAAUAGUUGAGUAGUAGUGUCAGAAGGAUUUUCUGCUGGGUCUAAAUUCAGUUCCUUACCUUCACUAGAAGGUACACUAUAUCACACAGCAUUUAUCUGUGACAGAAUUCCAAGUGUUGGGUGUUUGCAUUGUUGAGUGCUCCACAAUCCACACAAUGGUCUUCAAAAUGUUUUGUCUUUGGCAUGUACAUGACUUCCAGCUUACAACCUGUGUAAUGUAUAGUAUGUGACAGUAAUGAUGCAAAAUGAGUCAUGGAGAUAAACUGUUUGUCAAUUAUGAUAGAGGGCUGAGAAUGAGUGAAGAGAGCCAUUUCAGGUGCAGCUCUAGUCGUCUGUUUUAGCAAAGCAGUUAGGAUGUGACGAAUGACAUACCUCCCAUUGUUACUCCCUUUAGCUUCUUUACCUCUGUUUCUUCAAUUUCCUUUCUCUGAAUUACCUGCCUUUGUGUAAAAAUAAUUUAAUAAUUGUCUCGUAAUUUAAUAAUAGAUUGACUAAAAGGAAGGAAAAAUAAGAAUUCAAGCGCACAAUGUCGUUUAUUACAGCCCUGUUUUACCUCCCUUAUCUGCUGACGUGUUCAGGGAGUCACUGGUGGCUCGGAAGUUCACUGCUGGACAGGGCUUUGUAAGCUUCAAAGGAAAUUACACAGUGCUGUUUCUACCUACCUUCUUGAAUACAUAUUGUGCACUUUCUAGAAUUAGUGUGUAGUGUGGAACAAGAAUGUAGUAGAAAAUAAGGAAAAAGAGAAAAAGGUUGCCAUAAAACCUUGGAAUGGAGAGGAAUGAGGGACGACUGUGAAAAUCUCUGUACUGUGUGUGUCUUCAAAGCAUGAUAUAUCUUAUAUCCUGUGCCAUAGAGCUACAUUGUUUUCCAAGAACUAUUAAAAUUCAUCAGUGAGCCAGA